UCCUGGUUUUAUUUCAAUCUCCGUCGCUCGGCCUCUGCUCCACUUCAGUCUCUGCGGGUCUCGCGCUUUUGUUUUUAUAAUCGAAGCGCGCGGAUGAGCCGCCUGUCCGCCAUUUUAGCAGAUUUAUGAUUAUUUGAAUUCCGGUGUUUGUGGGUCUUGGGGGAGAUCAGCGCUUCCCCUGUGUGUGUGUGUGUGUGUGUGAGAGAGAGAGGGAUUGAGAGAGAGAUUGUGUGUGUGUGUGAGAGAGAGGGAUUGUGUGUGUGUGUGUGUGUGUGUGUGAGAGAGAGAGAGGGAUUGUUGUGUUGUGUGUGUGUGUGUGUGUGAGAGAGAGAGAGGGAUUGUGUGUGUGUGUGAGAGAGAGAUUGUGUGUGUGUGUGUGUGUGUGUGUGAGAGAGAGAGGGAUUGUGUGUGUGUGUGAGAGAGAGAUUGUGUGUGUGUGUGUGUGUGUGUGUGUGUGUGAGAGAGAGAGAGAGAGAGAUUGUGUGAGAGAGUGUGUGUGUGUGUGUGAGAGAGAGAGAUUGUGUGAGAGAGAGAGGGAUUGUGUGUGAGAGAGAGAGAUUGUGUGAGAGAGUGUGUGUGUGUGUGAGAGAGAGAGAUUGUGUGUGUGUGUGUGAGAGAGAGAGAGAGGGAUUGUGUGUGUGUGUGAGAGAGAGAGAGUGUGUGAGAGAGAGAGGGGAUUGUGUGUGAGAGAGAGAGAUUGUGUGAGAGAGUGUGUGUGUGUGUGAGGAGAGAGAGAUUGUGUGUGUGUGUGUGUGAGAGAGAGAGAGAGGGAUUGUGUGUGUGUGUGAGAGAGAGAGAGAGAGAGAGUGUGUGAGAGAGAGAGGAUGUCGGCGGCAGGAGAGUGCGGCUUCUCGAGCGAGGAGGUGCUGAGCGUGCGCUUCCCGCUGCACCGCGCGUGCAGGGACGGGGAUGUACUCGCGCUCCACUCGCUGCUCCACAACGACCCGGACCGAGCCGAGCUCCUCACCGAGGACUCCUUCUACGGCUGGACCGCCAUUCACUGGGCCGCUCACUUCGGCAGGCUGGAGUGUGUGAUGCAGCUGGUGCAGGCAGGUUGUGGAGUUAAUGCUUCGACGUCCCGCUUCGCGCAGACUCCGGCUCAUAUCGCAGCGUUCGGUGGACACCCACAGUGCCUGAUGUGGCUCUUGCAGGCCGGUGCGGACCUUAACAGGCAGGACUAUGUUGGAGAAACCCCCAUUCACAAGGCAGCGCGUGCGGGUAGUGUCGAGUGUAUUAACGCUCUCCUGAUCCAAGGAGCGAAAGCUGACUUGAGGAACGCUAGCGGACUGACCGGAGCUGAUCUAGCCCACGCCCAGGGCUUCCAAGAGUGCGCUCAACUGCUGUCCAACGCCCAGAAUCAGCAGCAGCUCAGCCAGUUUAACGGCUUCUCCACCAGUCCCUCUGUGGAGCAGACGCGCGGCUUCUUUAACAGCGUACCCAGUAGAAAGCGGUCGCUCGAGCGCAUCGAGUCCAGUCAGUUUAAAAAGGCCCGAACCAGCGAUCUGGAUCUUCAGAUGAAGUUGAUGAACGGGGUGAACGGCUCUGGUGCUGAGAACCUGAUGGACAUGGCACACACAGAGCUUGGACCGGCGCUGAGCAGCACCACAGGUGGGAACGGAUCCAUAACCGGCUCGUUUGCCUCUACCGACUUGGUGGAGCAGGAUGAGGGGCUGCAGAUGGAGGACUCCUCCACCUCAGCUCCGAAAGAGAUGGAGAUCUUCACCGUGGCUGCAAUGCAGAUACCCUGCCGCUGCACUAACUCCUACGCCUACCUGUAGUGGCCUUAGCUCUGCUUCUGGGGGAGUUUAUAGUGGAGGGUGUGUGUGUGUGAGAGAGAGAGAGAGAGAGGUAUCUGAUAAAAGGGAAAAUGGUUUGUUUUUAUUUUCAUUGGUUUUUAUUAUCCCCCGCUGACCGAAAGGACUGAAGAGGGAUUAUAUCGUGGUGAUGUCCAUCCGUCCUGGGAAGGGUACUCACCUUCUGAAAUCAACUCCUCUCACAAUUUUUGGAGGAAUUUCACAAAACUUGGCAGGAUUUUUUGUUAGAUGUCCGUAAUACGCAUAUUGCAAUUUUGUUUGAUUCAGUCGCAUUUUACCAGAGUUAUGGCAUAGUUACCAGCGGGGGAUAUUGUGCUCUCAGAGCACUCUUGUUUUGAAUAUGGGCCUCGUUUAUCACACUACUUAUGAACAAAUGUACUCAGAAAUGAAGCUUGGGAAAAUGUACAUGUCGUGUGUGUGUGUGAGUGAAUUUUUACAUAUAGAGAUCAAAUGAUUAUACGAUGUUGAAUUGUAUAAUCAAUCAUCGACAAGUCACUGAGAUUUUAUAUUCGCAUUACGCAGGUUAUUUCUGUCUGUUACACACACCAAUUUAAAGAAGUUUUGGAAGAAAGCAAUUCCAAAAUUAAAUUAACACAAAUGAGGCAAGCUGUUCAAGUAGGACAAAAAUAAUGGCACCCUGUAAACAGACUAGGAGUUAGUGUGCAUCUGCGGUACGCACUCUUUCACCCUGUCCUUGCCAUUUUGUCUUAUUUUCAACUGUCUCCUUUUGUAGGUGUGGUUAAACAUAAAUGUCGUGAACGUGUGUGAUCAUUUAUGGUUGAUACGCAUGUGAGUGUGAAGAGAUUGAUAAAUGAGGCUCAGUAGUAGAAACUAAUGUAAUAUGUGAACAUGGACUGGAACACCGUUCCCAUUUUGUGUUUAGUUUUUGCACAAUAAUUUUGUUCCCUUAAAGCUCCGCCCUAGAGUCUGAGUGAUGUGUGGGAGGAAUUUAUUUCGCUUUAACUUCAAAUUAUCUUAUUCCAAAUUAUCAAUAUUUCUCGUUGAUGCAGCUUUUAUACAUUUAUAUUUACAGUUAUGUUUAAUCCAUUUAAUCACUUGAUCUCGAUUGAUCAUAUUUUCUGUAUUUUCUUUUUAAAGUCUACAGUAUUGUGACUAUAAGUGGGAAAUGUUUUUAUAGCUUUGGUGGCCAUUUAAUUCAUAUAUAAGGCUGAUAGCAGGUUCUGACACCAGUUCAUUUGCAAUAAUCGAUAAACUGUACGUGAGCAUGAAGUUAAAAUGGUAGAUGAUACAUGUCUUCAGUGCAUGGCAGGUAGUUUUGAGGAAGAUGAAGCACUUGCUGUAUGUAUGUGUUUAAUAUUGACGCACUCUGUUUCAUCAUUAAAUAUCUCAGCCUGAUGUGUGAUGUGCA